AUGAAGAAGAAUUUUUCCCCACCUCUCGCCCUUGUGCAAACACCAGCGCCGCUGGGGGCACAUCAUGCCGGAAGGGCGGACGAGAAGCCUGCUCCAACUGCUACCUCGUCCUCGUCCGAACUGAUGAAAUCCACAUGGCGCCCCUCCUGGGAACGCGAACAGCGCAAGCCCCGCUUCGUGAAGGACGAACCCAUCACCACCGCAGCAGGAUCAACAUCCCCAUACGGCAAGAAGCAGUACCUAUGGGGCAACGUCCCCGCCCUGGACAUCCUGCAUCUCUCCCACAACGAAGGCGCCGCCCACACCCAACCCAUCCACCUCCUCUUCGCCGCCUCCGGCGACCUCCGCAACGCCAUCCGCACCACCACCGCCCUCCCCACGGCCACCCCACACCCGCCCCUCACCGCCCUCCUCAACGACCGCGCCUUCCCCCUCGCCGCCCGCAACGCCCUGCUCCUCCUCGCCGCCCUGCACGUCUCGCCCCCCUCCCUCGCCGCCGCCACCAUCCUCCACACAUGGUACUCGUUCCUCCUCCCCGCGGCGGUCGCCGGCGCCCUGCGCAGGGACGUCUUCCCGCUGGUGGACGGCGUGUGCGAGGAGGUGGCGGACGAGCCGCCGCGGUCGGUUGUGAGUCGCGUGUUUGCGAGGGGGGAGGCGUCGGUGAGGGUGGUGUUGGAGAAGGAGGGGUGGGUGGCGCUGAGGGGGUGGUUGGAUUUGGGUGGUGGUGGUGGUGGGGUGACGGUGGAGGAGGCGAGGGGGGUGAGGGGGGAGACGGUGGGGGCGGAGGCGCGGAGGGAUUAUGUGGAGAGGAUGUUGUUUUGUCAGCCGUGUGGGGGGUGGAGGGUUGCGGUGGGGAAGUGGAGGAGGGAGGGGGUGUUGGUGCCGUUUGGGGCUGGGGUGGCGGGGUUUGAUGUGCCGAAUCCGACGAUGUUUCAGGAACGCGGUGUGUGGCCGAUGAUGGAUUCGGCGGAUCCGCUGGCGGGGUGGCCGUUGGACGAGGUGUUGAGGAAGACGGGGGUGGCGAAGAACGACAUCUACGGCGGUUUGUUCUUCUAUUUGAUAGAGGUAUUCGUGGACUUUUGCGAGAGGAUACUGACGCGAAAGAUUGAUUUUGUGCUGCUGAACGUGGACGCCGUGGACCUGCCUGAGACACUGGCAAAGGAUAUGAGCUUGCCGCAGUCAUUUGACCGAAUAGAGGUUUGA